GAUAUAAUAUAUUUAUAUAUUUUGGAAAUUGGAAAAGUAUCAGCGAAAUAAUCGUAUCAAAGUAUCUAAAAUUUUGCAGAUUAUAUUUGAUACAUAGGGGUAAAAUUUAAUUAAAUGCUUCGGUUAUUGCUUCUUACAACUCUAACAAAUUCUGUUAUUAAAGUAAGCCAUUGCACAGUUUCCGCAUCUGUCUCGAUGGCGCUAAGAAAUGUUGAUUUUGAAAUAUUUGGCAGAGUUCAAGGUGUUUUUUUCCGCAAGUACACAAAAAAUCAAGCCGACAAACUAGGAUUAAAAGGAUGGUGUAUGAACACAUCUCGGGGAACUGUACAAGGGCAGAUGCAAGGGCCAAAUGAUAAAGUGGAAUCUAUGAUGCAAUGGCUGAAAACUACCGGCAGCCCAAGUAGCAAGAUUGAUAAAGCCGACUUCACUAACAACAAGGAAAUUGACGACUAUACUUUUAAAAGCUUCGAUAUUAGACGGGAUGAUUAAUUUGUGUUGCGAAAUUCCUAGAUUUUCUUCCCGCAAAAUUAACGAUAUAUAUCAAGUAUUAGAUACUUAAAUGGCAUAUAUACAAUAAUGUUAGCUACGCAAUCUUUUUCUUAUGCAUUCAAUAGUUUAUUAUUUGAUUAGACACUUUGUAAUGUUUGCUACAAAAAUUGUGUUCCACGCCUUACUGCAAGCAAUUGUAAAUUUAAAAAUUGUAAUAGUAAUUAUUAAUUUAGUUUUGAAAACCUGAGUAGCGCUCAGUAUUUGGAACUAAACCGAGUCACGAAUGUUUGAAUAGUUUUUUACAGUGCACCGAAUGUAUAAAAUCUGUGUUCCUAAAUCAAAUCAAUUUAAACUUGAGAAAACUACCGUAAAAGACGAGAAAAAGAGAAAGUUGGUGAAAAUAGACUUAUAUGUAAAAAUCUAAUUGCACUAUAGAAUUGUAUUAAAAAUAGCUACGUAAUUUAUUUCAAUAUAGUAUUUAUUUUAAAAUCCCAUGUGAUAUUAGUUGUGUAUCGUAGAACGAUUUUAAGUCUUAAUAAAGAUUUUUUAUGUA